UUUGCUCCCUAUCAUGAAGAAGUCCUUGUGAAGCCGCAUAAUUUGCAAGAACCGAACAUAUCAUGGGUAAAAUUAGCCGAAUUGAGCGGAAGUACCAGUUCGGCUGGCGGGUGGUUACCAGCCUCGGAAAACUUACACCGUUGCUAUUCGCUAGACCUCGAUUUGCUGUAUUAUUCACAGUUCUUACGCUUGCUUGUGCUAUUGGAAAUGAGGUAGUGGCGCAGAAGUCCGGCACCAUAACUGGUCGCUUUUACAAGUGUUUGAUUCAAAAAGAUGAAACAGUCUUCUGGAAUACGUUCGCCAUAGCCACAAGUAUUUUUAGUGGACAAUGCGUGCUACUCGCCGGUGUUGCGCUAUUUUCCUGGUGCCUCUACCUAUGCUUUCGUAAAAAUUUUGUCACAUCACUUCAUCAAAUGUACUUUGACCACAAUCUUUAUUACACUCUUAACAGCAUAGACAAUAAAGGAAUUGAUAAUCCAGAUCAACGUAUAACACAAGAUGUAGAAAAAUUGUGCAGAUUAUUGGCUACUAAAAUAACGCCAUCAUUGCUGAUAGCACCAUUUGUUAUAGGAUAUUACACUUAUAGAACUUGGCAGAGCGCUGGUGGAUUUGGUGUAGGGAUUAUCUAUAUAUUUUUUGUGAUUGGUCUUGUUCUCAAUCGCAUACUGAUCUCACCGGUCACUAAGUGGGCUGCCAAAGUGGAAAAAGCCGAGGGAGACUUCCGAUUCAAACAUGUUUCCGUACGAAACAACGCUGAAGAGAGCGCCUUCUAUCGUGCCGCAAAUUUUGAGAAAAGUGCCUGUGAUGAAGCUUUUAUGACAUUAUGGAAUAGACAACUAAGAUUUGUGUUAUGGCAAUUUCCUACACAAGUUUUACAAAACUUUUUCGAUUAUUACGGUGGAGUGCUAUCCUAUGCUAUUCAAGUUUUUCCAAUUUUUAUCUUCAAAAGCUAUGCCGAUCUCGACGACGCAUCAUUAGGAGAGAAGAUUAGCAAUAAUGCUUUCUUCUAUAUUUAUCUGAUCAACAGCUUUACACGCCUUACAGAUCUUGCGCUCAGUAUAGGUGAACUUGGAGGUUACAUAUUGAGGGUAUGUGAAAUUGUGCAGUAUGCACAACAGAAGGAAGAUUUCAACGGAAUUGGAAAUGAAGGAUUUGCGGGAUCUGUGGAAAGCAUUUCAGAAGGGCAGAAUCUCUCUUUCAGUAUCAAAAAUUUAUACUUCACUAAACCUUUUGAUGAAGAUGAUAUCCUCGUUUCGGAUUUGAAUGUGGACAUUCCUAUAGAUAAAAGUCUGAUUGUCACCGGUCCAAGCGGAGCAGGAAAAUCGUCAUUAUUGAGGAUUAUGGCCGAUUUGUGGCCUAAGAAAUCAGGAAACAUUCAGCGGUAUUUGCCGAAUAGUGCAUAUCUCUAUUUACCGCAAAGACCGUAUCUUCCCGUCGGACGUCUUUCACUUAGAAAACAGAUUUGUUUCCCAGAUAAUCCGAAAGAUGGAUUAGACGAAGUGAAAGACGAAGAAUCAAGAAAAAUAGUUCAAAUUCUUUCGGAGUUGCGAUUAACACAAUUAUUGGAAACUUGUGGUGGACUGGAUACUGAAGUGGAUUUUGAAUGGCAGGACACACUUUCACCGGGAGAACAACAACGGCUAUCAUUUGCUAGAAUUCUCUACCGUAAUCCCAAGGUAGCAGUGCUAGAUGAAGCUACAAGCAGCGUAGAUAUUGAAGACGAGAGGAUUAUCUAUAAUCUUCUCAAAAAGAAUAACAUCUCCUACAUAUCGGCCGGACAUCGUCGCACCCUCUUAGAAUAUCACGACCUAGAACUUAAAUUGGGAAGAGACUCGUGCCAACUGAUAUCUCACAUGAACGGAAGAACAACUGACUCUCAAACAGCUGAUGAUUCAACUGAAAGUUUAAUAGGAAAAAUGUAA